GCCGCCCCGCAGCAGCGAAGAGGCAGCCAGGCAGGCAGCGAGCCAGCCAGCCAGCGGCCUCCUGCUUCCUCCGUGCCCGGCGGGGGCGGUGUGCGCAAAGCGCGCCGGCUGGGCAGGGCAGAGCUCUGGAGCGCCUCGGUGGCGGCUGCUGCUGCUGCUGGAGCCGGAGGGGGACGAGGAAGCGGAAGCGCCUCUGCAGCAGGAGGAGCAGCAGCAGCAGCAGCCGCCCAAGCGCCGGGCAGCGACGCGCCGCCGCCGCCGCCUCCUCCGAGAGGAACAUGCAGCAUGGCAGCAGCCAUGGAGACUGAACAGCCGGGGCUUGAAAUCUUUGAAACGGCCGAGCAGAAGGAGAGCCUGGUGCCGCCGGAUGAGAAGUCCAAGCUGGAACCCUACUAUGUGGAGAGAUACUCCUGGAGUCACCUAAAGAAGCUGCUGACGGAGACCAGGAAAUACCACGGCUGCCUGAUGGCCAAAGCCCCCCACGACUUCACGUUCGUGAAGAGGAAUGACCCAGAAGGACCCCACUCAGACAGGGUCUACUACCUUGCAAUGUCCGGUGAGAAUAGGGAAAACACGCUCUUCUAUUCCGAAGUUCCCAAAACCAUCAACAAGGCUGCGGUUCUUAUGCUGUCCUGGAAGCCCCUUUUGGAUCUUUUCCAGGCCAGCCUAGACUAUGGGAUGUACUCCCGUGAGGAGGAGUUGCUGCGGGAGAGGAAGCGCAUUGGCACCAUCGGGAUUGCUUCUUACGAUUACCACCGGGAGAGCGGCACCUUCCUCUUCCAGGCCGGCAGCGGGAUCUACCACGUGAAAGACGGCGGCCCCCAUGGGUUCACAAAACAGCCUCUGCGGCCUAAUUUGGUGGAGACGAGUUGCCCGAACAUACGGAUGGAUCCCAAGCUGUGCCCAGCAGAUCCGAACUGGAUUGCCUUUAUCCACAGCAAUGACAUCUGGAUCUCCAACCUAGCAACCAGAGAAGAAAGGAGGCUGACCUUUGUGCAUAAAGAAUUUGCCAACAUCGAAGAAGAUCCGAAAUCAGCUGGGGUUGCAACGUUUGUGCUGCAGGAGGAGUUUGAUCGAUACACAGGCUACUGGUGGUGCCCAGAAGCAGAACCAUGUGUUGGAGGAGGCAAGAUUCUUCGGAUUCUGUACGAGGAGAAUGACGAGUCGGAGGUAGAGAUCAUUCACGUCACGUCCCCCAUGUUGGAGACGAGGAGGACGGAUUCCUUUCGGUACCCCAAAACAGGGACCGCCAACCCCAAAGUCACUUUCAAGUUGUCCGAAAUAACAAUUGAUGCUGAUGGCAAAAUUUCAGAAGUUGUGGAUAAAGAACUUGUUCAGUCUUUCGAGAUCCUCUUUGAAGGUGUGGAGUACAUCGCCAGAGCAGGAUGGACCCGGGAGGGAAAAUAUGCUUGGGCCAUCUUGCUGGAUCGUUCCCAGACACGGCUUCAGAUCGUGUUGCUCCCCCCUGCUUUAUUCAUACCUGUGGAAGACGAUGCCAUGGAAAGGCAGAAAUUAAUAGACGCUGUGCCGGACUCUGUCACCCCGCUGGUUGUUUAUGAAGAAGCGACGGACAUCUGGAUAAACAUCCAUGAUAUCUUCCACGUGUUCCCCCAAACCCGCGAAGAUAUGAUAGAAUUUAUAUUCGCUUCUGAGUGCAAAACAGGAUUCCGGCAUCUCUACAAAAUCACAACCGUUUUGAAAGAGAGCAGAUACAAACGGUCGUGCGGAGGACUUCCUGCCCCAAGCGAUUUCCUGUGUCUCGCCAAAGAGGAGAUGCCAAUUACCAGCGGGGAGUGGGAGGUGCUUGGCCGCCAUGGUUCCAACAUCCGGGUGGAUGAAGCUAAAAAACUGGUAUAUUUUGAAGGUACGAAGGAUUCCCCCUUGGAACACCACUUGUACGUCGUUAACUACGAGAACCCCGGGGAAGUGAAGCGGCUGACGGAGCGCGGCUUCUCACACGCCUGCUGUGUUAGUCAGAGCUGCGACCUGGUCAUCUGCAAAUUCAGUAACCAGAAGACACCCCAUCAGGUAUCCCUAUACAGACUGACCGGCCAUGAAGACGAUCUUGCCAACAGGUCCAAGGAAUUCUGGGCCACCAUUUUGGACUCUGCAGGACCUCUCCCUGAUUACGUGCCCCCUGAGAUCUUCUCUUUUGAGAGCUCCUCAGGAUUUCCACUUUAUGGGAUGAUGUAUAAACCCCAUAAUCUACAACCCGGGAAGAAAUAUCCAACGGUGCUCUUCAUAUACGGAGGUCCUCAGGUGCAGGUGGUGAAUAACCGAUUCAAAGGAGUCAAAUAUUUCCGCUUGAACACGCUGGCCUCCCUGGGUUACGUUGUGGUGGUGAUUGACAACCGGGGUUCCUGCCACCGAGGGUUGAAGUUCGAAGGUGCCUUUAAACACAAGAUGGGACAGAUUGAAAUAAGCGACCAAGUGGAAGGCUUGCAGUACUUGGCUUCCCGAUACGAAUUCAUCGAUUUAGACAGAGUCGGCAUCCAUGGCUGGUCUUACGGAGGAUACCUUUCCCUUAUGGCAUUGCAGCAGAGGCCAGAGAUCUUCAAGGUUGCUGUUGCCGGCGCGCCCGUCACCCUGUGGCUUUUCUACGAUACAGGCUAUACCGAGCGCUACAUGGGACAUCCGGAUAAUAACGAGCAGGGGUAUUACCUCGGCUCGGUGGCGAUGCAGGCGGAUAAGUUUCCUUCAGAACCCAACCGGUUGCUGCUGCUGCAUGGAUUCUUAGAUGAAAACGUCCACUUUGCACACACUAGUAUCUUGCUGAGUUUUCUGGUCAGAGCUGGGAAGCCCUAUGAUCUACAGAUCUACCCUCAGGAGCGACACAGCAUCAGGGUCCCCGAGUCUGGAGAGCACUACGAACUUCACCUCUUGUACUAUCUCCAGGAGAACCUGGGGUCACACAUGGCGGCGCUGAAGACGGUCCAAUGAUAGGCUGCCGAGGGGUCCGCCCACCAACCGCUGCUGAACCCGACGCAGAACCCGAGAGCGGAAUGCCGCCUCCUGGCGCCUGCCUCUUCUCCUCCGCUGCGGAUCGAGUGAAACACGUACACAGCCUUGCUUUAUUCUCCUCCUCCUUCCUCUUUUUAAAAAGUCAGCCUCGGUGCCGUGCAAGGAGACGACUGUACAGCAUCCCAGUAAUUUUAAAUGUAAAUAAUAAUAAAAUGGAAUGUCUGUGC